GCACGUUCAAAGCUUGUUGCCUUAAAGCGGCGGAAAUCUCUCAGAGUCAGCCCCUGGAACCCUGCAAGUGAUCGUCAACCCAAAACAAACUUUUGAGGAGAAAAAGUUAAAAUUUCUGAAACACAAAAAAAUGUCUUCUGAAUCCCAAGAGCUUACUCACCCCUCCAUCAAGGAUGGAUGGUUCCGUGAAAUCAACAAGAUGUGGCCUGGUCAGGCUAUGACCUUGAAGGUCAAGAAGGUUCUCCAUGCUAAACGUUCCAAGUUCCAGGAUGUUUUGAUAUUCGAGAGCGAAACUUAUGGCCGUGUUCUCGUCUUGGACGGUGUCAUUCAAGCUACUGAGCGUGAUGAGUUUUCAUACCAAGAAAUGAUUGCUCACUUGGCUCUGAACAGUCAUGCCAACCCCAAGAAGGUGCUGGUCAUCGGUGGUGGUGAUGGAGGUGUCUUGCGUGAGGUUGUGAAACACGAAAGUGUAGAGGAGGUUGUCUUGUGUGACAUUGAUGCCGAUGUCAUUGACUACUCUAAAAAGUUCAUUCCCAGUAUGGCUGUGGGAUAUGAACACCCCAAGGUGAAGACUCAUGUCGGUGACGGAUUCCAGUUCUUGAAGGACUACACCAACACCUUUGAUGUGAUUAUCACCGAUUCCUCUGACCCUGACGGUCCUGCUGAGGCUCUUUUCGAGGCUCCUUACUUCCAGCUGUUGCACGGUGCUCUUCGCGAGAACGGUGUUAUCACGACACAGGCUGAGUGCAUGUGGCUUCACUUAAGUGUGAUCGAGAAUGUGCUUAAGGCCGCUCGUAAGGCGUUCCCCAACGUCCGUUACGCUUACACCACAAUCCCCACAUAUCCCUCUGGCUCUAUUGGAUUCGUCGUCGCUAGCAAGAACACUGCCAUUGACUUGUCUAAGCCCCUGCGUACUUGGACUGCCGAGGAGGAGGCCAAGUUGUGCCGCUACUACAACAAGGAGAUCCAUGAGGCUGCUUUCAUCUUGCCCAACUUUGCCCGUGCUGUGGUCAACAAGGCUCUUUCUGAGUAAAUAUGGUCGAGCUGAACGGAGUUCUCGGCAAGCCUACGAAUAAGACAGCAGCUAUGGUUGAGCUGAGGCUCUGGGAAUUCCCGUCCUAACUUUUCUGUUGUCUUCUUUUUGUGUAGCAAUGAUAU